AGGAGUUCUGCUCGCGUUCAGAGUCAUUUGUUGCGUUCCGCGCGCGCUCUACGUAUUUACGCAUCGCAUCCCCACAGUUCCCAACGAACUAAACCUCGGCUCAGUUCGGUUCGGUUCGGCUCGAUCCGCUCGCUCCUCCAAUACAGCGCAACUGGUUUGAGGAAACUCCCCCGUUAAACGCAUUGAAGUCUCUCCACGCGGAGGAGCGGAGCGCAGCGCACGGUUAAACUCCACCGGAGACCGACGGCACAAAACGCCCCUCUGCUUGCGUCGCGGUGACGUCACGCUCCUCCGGCGGCGGUCCUAAAGUCGGUAACGAACGGACAGACACAGUUGAGUUCAACUAGUCCAGAGACGCUGAGCGGGGUGUACCGUUAACGGCUGCUCAGACAAACGGGAAUAAUUUCGGUUCGGCGCGAGAGGAGCGCGGGGUGGCGUUCGCGAGACUCCCGUCAUGGAUCGGAGACUUUUAACGGCUUUUCUCGUUUCCUCCGUUAUUUUCGUGAUCUCAGCCGAAACGGAUCAAGAAUCCCAAGAAGACUGCCUCCUGGAGAAAUCCUACACAGACUGUGGCUACAGUCAAGGCAAAGAUGACGACUUCGACUGGGAGCAGAUCAACACCCAGCAGAAACCCUCCUCAGACCCCUGGGUGCCGUCAGAUUCAGCGUUCAUGAUGGUGAACACAUCAAGUCGGGUCUCUGGUCAGCGAGCGCAUCUCUACAUGCCACAGUUCAAAGAGAAUGACACCCACUGCGUCAUAUUCGAGUAUUACAGCGCCGGUCGAGAGGGUUCGAGCCCUGGCCAGCUCCUCAUCUACGUGAAGGAGAACAGUUAUCCUCUGGGCAUCGCUGUGUGGAACUCGUCCGGAACGGCUCUGAAGAGAUGGCAGCAGGUGGAGCUGGCCAUCAGCACCUUCUGGCCCAAUUUCUACCAGCUGGUGUUUGAGGUGGUGGCUUCCGGUGAACGGGGUCUGCUGGCCGUCAGAGGAAUCUCGCGUCAGGGCCAUCAGUGCAUGAACACGCCUCACUUCCUGCACAUUAAGAGCGUGGAGGUCAACGCCAGACAGACGGCCACCUUCCAGUGCACCAUUAACGGCCAGCCCAAAGACCACGUCAACUACAAGCUCUGGCUCCAGGGUGAACGCGAGGCUCCUAUGAAGGACACCAAACCCGUGAACUCCAGACGCUACACCGCCACCUUCGACAUCGUCAACACCACCAAAGGAGACUCGGGCCGCUACCGCUGCAUCGUCCGCUCCGAGAAAGGAGUCGGAGUGUCCAGUUACGGACUUCUGGUGGUCAAACGUGAGUCCACUUGCAUUAACAGAACAAAUGAAGGAGAACAUGUGUCAUAUCCAGCUUACAUUCAGACUAAUGUCUUUUGUGCAAAAAAAAACAAAAAAAAGAAAAGAAUGUUGCAGAUGUUCAGGAUGAGUAAUUGUAUGCGUGUGAGUGACAGCAGACAUCAGAUUGAAGAGAGAUGGAUGGAGAGAGAUGUUGGUGUCUGUGUUGUUGUGGGUGUUGUUGUGGGUGUAGCGGGACGGUUCCUCUACAGACCUGCUACUGCUUCUCUGAGCUCUCAGUCUGAGCCUAGAGUCCAUCCGUCUGAUGAUGAUGGUAUUGCUGGUUGGCGGCUGUCGGGGGUCGGCGCCUACUUGUUGAUCCAGCUCAACGCAAACUCCAUCAACGGAGACGGGCCGAUCAUCGAGAAGGAGGUGGAGUACCGCACGCUCUCCGGAAGCCUGAUCGACAGCCAACCGGUCGACAAACCCAACCACAAGAUCGGCCACCUGGACCCCGACACCGAGUACGAGAUCAGUGUGCUGCUCACCAGACCCAACGAGGGCGGCACCGGGGCCCCGGGACCCCCGCUCAGGGCCCGCACCAAGUGCGCAGAUCCCAUGCACGGUCCUCGACGGCUGCAGGUUGUCGACAUCAAAUCCAAGCAGCUGACGGUGCGCUGGGAGCCGUUCGGAUACAACGUGACGCGCUGCUACAGCUACAAUCUGACGGUGCAGUACCGCUACACAGCCAACGGUAAAGAGGAGACGCGUGAGGAGACGUGCUACGAUACCCUUGGGGUAGCGUCGGGGGACGCGCAUCAGCAGACUGUCGGCGUACUGCAACAAAAUAUUGAUUUAAAACACAUCAGAGUCUCUUCAAAUCAAUACGGGUUUGAUCAGCAGACUCUGAUCAGUUCUGUGUCUCGCUCUUUUGUUCAUGUCUUGUUUUCUCGUGUUUCAGUUCCCGGCGCCGUUCCGCAGGAGUCCAUCCAAGGAAACACGUACGAGGAGAAGAUCGCGCUCCGAUGGAGAGAACCGCUCCAGACGUACGGCAUAAUCAAACAGUAUGAAGUCUUCUAUAAGGCCGUCAGCUCCUUCGACCCUGCGUUUAAUCUGUCCAAUCAGAGCGGGAAGGUGCUGAAGCUCAGUAACGAGACGUCUCAUGUCUUCACGGCUCUGUAUCCCGGAUCCACGUACUCCUUCACCAUCAGAGCCAGCACCGUCAAAGGAUACGGACCCCCCACCAUCACACAGUUCACCACCAAGAUCUCACCGCCGCAGAUGCCGGGAUACGAGCAGGAGACGCCACUGAAUCAGACCGACAGCACAGUGACUGUCCUGCUGAAACCAGCCCGGAGCCGCGGAGCACCGGUCAGUGUGUAUCAGGUGGUGGUUGAAGAGGAGCGUCCGCGUCGUUCUCGGAGAGCCGCUGAGAUCCUGCGCUGUUACCCGAUUCCCAUCCACUUCCAGAACGCGUCCGUGCUCAACUCACAGUACUACUUCACCGCAGAGUUCCCAGCCGCUCGCAUCCAGACGCCGCUGCCCUUCACCGUCGGGGACAACCGCACCUACGACGGCUACUGGAACCUUCCUCUGCUGCCACACAAGAGCUACAGCGUCUACUAUCAGGCCGUCAGCACGGCCAACGGGGAAACUAAGAUCGAUUGUGUUCGCGUGGCCACUAAAGCUGCCAUAAUUGUGACUCAGCUCACCACGCCGUAUGUGCGUAUCGCACCCGCUGCCGGCGACAGCCAACUAACAGGUGCUGCGACCCGGAAGCCUGAUGCCGUGGAACCCGAGAAACAGACGGAUCACACGGUGAAGAUCGCUGGCGUCAUCGCUGGCAUCCUACUCUUCGUCAUCAUCUUCCUCGGCGUGGUGCUGGUCAUGAAGAAACGAAGAUCCUAUCACUCCUACACUUACUACCUGAAACUGGCGAAGAAGCGCAAGGAGACGCUGAGCAGCACGAGGCAGGAGAUGACGGUGAUGGUGAACUCCAUGGACAAGAGCUACGCUGAGCAGGGCACCAGCUGCGACGAGGCCAUUUCAUUCAUGGACACACACAACCUCAACGGACGCUCUGUCUCCUCGCCGUCUUCGUUCACCAUGAAGACUAACACACUGAGCACCGCUGUGCCAAACUCCUACUAUCCAGACCCCUUCGUGCCGACCGCAAUCUUAGUGCCCAUUAAUGACGAAAACCACACCAUGAACAGCGAGACCAGCAGCUUGGUGCAGUCGCACACUCACUCCUACAAGAAACGCGAGGCGGUGGAUGUCCCAUAUCAGACGGGACAGCUUCAUCCGGCCAUCCGUGUGGCUGAUCUUCUCCAGCACAUCACGCAGAUGAAGUGUGCCGAGGGUUACGGCUUCAAAGAGGAAUACGAGAGCUUCUUCGAAGGGCAGGCGGCGCCGUGGGACUCGGCCAAAAAAGACGAGAACAGAAUGAAGAACCGUUACGGCAACAUCAUCGCAUGUACGUACAGAAGUGAUCGCGUCAGCCUCUGGAGGGGAGAGCAGAGCUCCGACUACAUUAAUGCUAAUUAUGUAGAUGGCUACCAUCGACCGAAUCACUACAUCGCCACACAAGGUCCGAUGCAGGAGACCGUCUAUGACUUCUGGAGGAUGGUGUGGCAGGAGAACACGGCGACUAUCGUCAUGGUUACCAAUCUGGUUGAAGUGGGCCGGGUGAAGUGCUGUAAGUACUGGCCCGAUGACACUGAGAUCUACAGGGACAUGAAGGUGACGCUCAUCGAGACUCAGCUGCUGUCUGAAUACGUCAUUCGAACCUUCGCUGUGGAAAAGCGAGGAGCUCAUGAGAUCAGGGAGAUCCGUCAGUUUCAUUUCACCGGCUGGCCGGAUCACGGCGUCCCGUAUCACGCCACGGGGCUACUGGGCUUCGUCCGCCGGGUCAAAGCCAAGAGUCCAGCCAACGCCGGCCCGAUGGUCAUCCACUGCAGCGCUGGAGCGGGACGCACCGGCUGCUUCAUUGUGAUUGACAUCAUGCUGGACAUGGCGGAGCGAGAAGGAGUCGUGGACAUUUACAACUGUGUGAGAGAACUGCGCUCCCGCAGGGUCAACAUGGUGCAGACGGAGGAGCAGUAUGUGUUUAUCCAUGAUGCCAUAUUGGAGGCGUGUCUUUGUGGCGACACCACGAUUCCAGCCAAUCAGCUUCGCUCUGUGUAUUAUGACAUGAACCGCUUGGACCCGCAGACCAACUCCAGCCAGAUCAAAGAGGAGUUCAGAACGUUAAACAUGGUGACGCCCACGCUGCGGGUGGAGGACUGCAGCAUCGCACUGCUGCCGCGGAACCAUGAGAAGAACCGCUGUAUGGACGUUCUUCCUCCUGACCGUUGCCUGCCCUUCCUCAUCACCAUCGAUGGAGAGAGCAGCAACUACAUCAACGCCGCACUCAUGGAUAGCUACAAGCAGCCGUCUGCGUUCAUCGUUACCCAGCAUCCUCUGCCCAACACCGUCAAAGACUUCUGGAGGCUGGUGCUGGACUAUCACUGCACGUCUAUAGUGAUGCUGAACGACGUGGAUCCCGCGCAGUUGUGUCCACAGUACUGGCCAGAGAACGGUGUCCAUCGGCACGGACCCAUCCAGGUGGAGUUUGUGUCUGCGGAUCUGGAGGAGGACAUCAUCAGCAGGAUCAUCCGCAUCUAUAACGCCGCACGGCCGCAGGACGGGUACCGGAUGGUGCAGCAGUUCCAGUUCCUGGGCUGGCCGAUGUACCGUGACACACCCGUCUCCAAACGCUCCUUCCUCAAACUCAUCCGACAGGUGGACAAAUGGCAGGAGGAGUACGACGGAGGAGAGGGACGCACCGUGGUGCACUGCCUUCACGGCGGCGGGCGCAGCGGCACGUUCUGUGCCAUCAGUAUCGUGUGUGAGAUGUUGUGUCACCAGCACUCGGUGGACGUCUUUCACGCCGUCAAAACACUGAGAAACAACAAACCCAACAUGGUGGACCUGCUGGAUCAGUACAAGUUCUGCUAUGAGGUGGCACUGGAAUACUUGAAUUCUGGGUAAUGUGAGCUGCUCUGAUGUCCUCAUCUUCCCCGGACACUGAAACACACGACGACUGAAACUGGAGCAGAAACACACGAGAAGAACCGAACCGAACCGAUGUUUCCUGCACUCACCUCACGAUUAUCUCCAUCCGCUCGUGUCUUCUGCUCCUCAACACGUCUCUUGCCUUCGUCUCCAUGUUUGUGUGGAAUGCACAUCACGUGGAUGUUGAUUUUAUCAUUGUUUUAUGAACUCCAGGGGUCUGGCAUGUACAGUCCGUUCAUGUGUGGCAUUAAAGCGCUCAUAUUAACGCGUGUUUCUGCCCUCUCUGUGGUUGUGUUUGUGUGGAGCGAUGGAAAAACUGCUGAAACGUCCCGUCCCGAGAUCCAAAGCUUGUGUUCGUGAUCAUUUCUUUUGUUUAUACUGUAAAUAGAUGAAGUUUGCCAGAUAAUUUAUUCAUUGACAGAUUUUUGUGAAGCACACUGAGUGACAAUCAUGUUUUAAUUUGGUCAUUAUUAUCAUACGGACUCCACAUAUAAUAGUGACCAGACUGUAUUGUUAACUUUUUAUUUAUCUGGUAUGAAAAAAAAACAAAAUAAACCUAUAAAUACAUAUCUAUAUCUGCCAAA